UUUCAUACGCCAUUCCGGUAUUAAAUCUCACGUGAUCUGCCUACGUCCUUUUCAGACUGAGUUCUUCCAUUAGGUAGUAGUUAUUUCGGUGCUGGUGAACAGAAUCGAAAACAAUCCAAAAUGGUGAACUUCACAAUAGACCAGAUCCGUGAGAUCAUGGACAAAAAGCAUAACAUCAGAAAUAUGUCUGUGAUAGCUCACGUAGACCAUGGUAAAUCCACUUUAACGGACUCCUUGGUCAGCAAAGCUGGUAUCAUAGCCUCUCAAAAGGCUGGGGAAAUGCGCUUCACUGAUACUCGAAAGGAUGAACAAGAAAGAUGUAUUACAAUUAAGUCAACGGCCAUUUCCCUUUAUUAUGAAUUGCCCGAGGCUGAUCUUGAUCAUAUUCAGCAAGAUGUCGAAGCUACGAAUAAUGCUUUCUUGAUCAAUUUGAUUGAUUCACCCGGCCACGUUGAUUUUUCAUCUGAGGUCACCGCUGCUCUUCGUGUAACUGAUGGUGCGCUUGUGGUUGUAGACUGUGUUUCUGGCGUUUGCGUCCAGACUGAAACUGUGUUGCGUCAAGCUAUUGGUGAAAGAAUUAAGCCAGUUCUUUUCAUGAACAAGAUGGAUUUGGCUUUAUUGACCCUUAAGCUGGAGAAAGAGGAUCUAUACCAGACAUUCCAGCGUGUUGUUGAGAGUAUCAAUGUAAUCAUUGCUACAUAUAGUACUCCUGAAGGCCCUAUGGGAGAUGUCAUGGUUGACCCUGAGAAAGGAAAUGUUGGUUUUGGUUCUGGAUUGCACAGUUGGGCUUUCACUGUGAAAGAUUUUGCUCAAAUGUAUGCUAUUAAAUUCAAAGUUCCUAUCCCUAAACUCAUGAAGAGAUUGUGGGGUGACAAUUUCUACAAUAGCAAAGAAAAGAAAUGGGUCAAGCAAGGAAAUCCUGACGCUGUUCGUGGAUUCAUUCAAUUUAUCCUGUCACCUAUUUACCAGAUCUUCGGAACUUGCAUGCAUAAACCCCAUGAAGAUGCAGUUGCUUUGGCUGACAAGGUUGGAAUCAAGUUAACUUCUGAGGAAAAGGAAUUACGGGAAAAACAGCUUCUCAAGGUAAUGAUGCGCAAGUGGUUGCCUGCUGGUGAUGCCUUGUUACAGAUGAUAGUCAUUCAUCUUCCUUCUCCUGUGACUGCUCAGAAAUAUCGUGUAGAGAUGCUCUACGAAGGACCCAUGGAUGAUGCUGCUGCAACUGCUGUUAAGACCUGUGACGCUAAGGGUGUACUGAUGAUGUACAUCUCAAAGAUGGUACCCACAUCCGAUAAAGGUCGUUUCUAUGCCUUUGGACGUGUGUUCUCAGGAACUGUUGCAACUGGUCAGAAAGUGCGUAUCAUGGGUGCUAACUAUACUGCUGGCAAAAAAGAGCACUUGUCCGAAAAGAGCAUUCAAAGAACUAUGCUCAUGAUGGGAAGAUACGUUGAACCCAUUGAAGAUGUUCCUUGUGGUAACAUUUGUGGUUUGGUUGGUGUCGAUCAGUAUAUUGUGAAAACUGGUACGAUCACUACAUUUAAAGAUGCUCAUAAUAUGAAGGUUAUGAAGUUCUCAGUAAGUCCUGUUGUACGUGUUGCUGUUGAAGCUAAGAAUGCUUCUGAUUUGCCAAAACUUGUUGAAGGCCUGAGGCGUCUGGCUAAAUCAGAUCCUAUGGUUCAGUGUACAAUUGAAGAAUCUGGAGAGCACAUUGUAGCAGGUGCAGGAGAGCUUCAUCUUGAGAUCUGCUUGAAGGAUUUAGAAGAGGACCAUGCUCAAAUCCCCAUUAAGGUGUCAACUCCUGUGGUAUCAUACAGGGAGUCUGUGAGGGAAGAAUCUUCUAUGGUGUGCCUGUCUAAAUCUCCAAAUAAACAUAAUCGUCUCUUCAUGAAGGCUAGGCCAUUACCAUGUGGCGUUGCCGAGGCCAUUGAUAAGGGAGAUAUUACACCCAGGCAGGAUGUCAAAGAACGUGCUCGGUUCUUGAAUGAUAACUUUGAAUUUGAUGUUGGAGAAGCCCGUAAGAUCUGGGCUUUUGGACCUGAGGGUACAGGACCUAAUCUUUUGGUUGAUGUUACUAAAGGUGUACAAUAUCUGAGUGAAAUCAAGGACAGUGUUGUUGCUGGUUACCAAUGGGCUACUAAAGAGAGUGUGUUGUGUGAAGAAAAUAUGCGUGGUGUUCGCUUUGACAUCCAUGAUGUGUCCCUACACACUGAUGCUAUUCAUCGUGGAGGCGGUCAAAUCAUUCCUACAGCUAGAAAAUGUUUUUAUGCCUGUGUGCUGACUGCUCAACCUACUAUGUUGGAGCCUGUAUAUUUGGUUGAAAUCAGUUGUCCUCAACAAUCUACAAGUGGAAUUUAUGGAGUCAUGAAUAGACGUCGUGGUCAAGUACUUGAAGCUAAUCAAGUUCCAGGAACUCCUAUGUUUGCUGUCAGAGCUUACUUGCCUGUCAAUGAAUCAUUUGGCUUCACAGCUGACUUGCGUUCUAACACUGGGGGACAGGCUUUCCCUCAAUGUGUGUUUGAUCAUUGGCAAGAACUUCCGGACACUAGAACUGAAACUGUUAUUGGUGAAAUCAGGAAGCGCAAAGGACUGUCAGAUACCAUUCCUCCUUUGGAAAAAUUCCUUGACAAAUUAUAACUUGAUUAGUGAUUUAGCUCCUGUAAUGAAGCACUAACAACAAAGCUCUUUGACCUCUGUGAAUAUUUUUGGGGGUGGAUCCAAUCCAAAAGCUUAUGUACUAGCCUGUGACAAAUUAAAAAAAAAAAAACCUUUCUUCAACAA